AUUUUCAUUUUUCAUUUUUCAUUACAUCAGUUUAAUAGACUGACAUACAAGGAAAAGAGCUCAGAGCAAAGCAAAGCGAAGAGGGAAAAUGGCGUCUACUGCAUGUUUCUUUCAUCACCAAGCUUUCGUCCACGCACCAUUAAUUCCAAGAUCUUCAUCCCCACAGCGCCACCGCCUCAACAUCAAGCCCUCCAAGCUUGUGUGUAGGGCUCCGAAUCAGCCGCUGAAUAAAGAUCAUCAAGCCGUCCAAGGAGGCGUUUCUCGGAGGUCGGUUGUCGAUGCGCUUAUUGUUGGUUCUGCAGCGAUUGGCUCUGCGCUUACAUUUGUUGGUGCAGGCUAUGCUGCUGGUUUUUCAUUCGGACCGUUUAAGCCACCAGGUAAAGAGUCGUGGCCGGAGCUGGUUGGGGAGAAAGGAGAGGUUGCAGCAGCGAAGAUCGAGAAAGAGAAUCCAAAUGUGAAAGCAGUGCUGUUGUUUGAGGGAGAUAUAGCCGAUAUGAGGUUCGAUUUUGGUAGGGUUCGGGUUGUUGUCGAUGCAGACGGGAUAGUGACUCAAGUGCCUCGGAUUGGCUAGAUCUCUACAAUGCAUAUCAUUGUGCUAAUAUGCUACUGUUGGUCCGUUAAGAAUCAAUGUUAUGAAUAAACACUUUCCUGCUCACGGUGAGUUUUCUUUUAAAAAAAGAGGCUGAUUCAUAUAUUGCUUGAUAAUAUCAUUUACAGCUACCUGGUACUGGUGUUGGAGUUAAUGCUUGCAUGUGUCAAGUGGACAAAAUGACAAGUGACAAUCCACUUGGAUAUCCUGCGUGUUUGUAUGUGUUUGCUUAGUGUUGAAGACCACUACGUGUAGCUAUGCAUGUCACUAUGAUAAUCAUAUUUUACACUUGUUUCUCAUGUAUUAACAAGUGUUAUAUUUGUUGAUGACUUGUGUUAAUGAAGCUGUGUAUAUAUUUGUUGAAUAUGAAUGAAACUAGUAUGACCUUCUCUCUUUGUAUACUCUGUUUUAGAGAUAUAAAACAGAGACUUUAUCA